AUGCGCCAGAGGGUGGUUGGAGAAAUCGGUCGCGUAUUCAGGAGGUUCAAAGGAUGGCUUCGUCAAGUACGAAACAAUGGCUGGCUGGCUAUCCCGCGAGGAUUAUACACUUUUAUCCAAGCAGUCAAAGUGUUAACUGGUGAACUCAGUUUUCCGCCAAUAGAUGUCGGGUUCAUCGAUUUUCUUGGCAUUGAUUCCGUCCCAGACAUAGAGUUCGUUCCUGUGAAUCUUCUCAAAAAAUUUGAUUUAGAAUUUCCAAUCACUGCAACAUCUUUCAUUCCUGAUUUCAACUUCCCAAACGUAACGUGGCCGGGUAUAAACGUGCCUGGUGUAGACUUCAAUGUCGAUAUUCCCACGUUAGACUUCGGUAUUCCUACAAUUUGCCCCGGUGUUGACGGAUCAGGGACCGAGGCAUCAAUCCCCCGGGAAACGGACUCUCAGCGAACCUAUGUCACCUACACGGAGGUGGACAUCGUUGAUCAGAGUGAUAACACGGCUGGUGGAACCUUGCAAACCGAAACAUUAAGCAGUUCGUCACUUGUCUCAUCAUUCGACAAUAAAACGGCAUUUAACAUAGAACGCGCAGACGAAGAACAGGAAACUUUCGAACGUAUUCGAGAGACUAGUGAAGAAGUGCAGCAACUGAAGCAACUCUCCGGGUUACGUUUCAUCUACCAGGCUCUAAUGGCGUUUUUUGCCCUGUUAGAUGUACUUCUACUGAUAUUUCGAAGUACCAGAACGUACAUAUUUGUGGUCCAACUACUGAAAGGCUUUGAAGAAAGGGUUGUUGAGAGUGAAACACAGGCAAAAAUAGAAGAAAACAAAGCACUGGCACAAAAGAUUGAGAUUUUCCAAUCUAAGUCUGUCAGGACGAAAGAUAACAGUGUUGCAGCCUCAGGUAGACAGCGGGUGACACAUGUUCUAUUUUUGAUAUUCCACUACAUCUCUUUGGCCUUUCUCACAUUUCUUCAAGGGAUGAAAAAGAUAAGCUAUAUGGUUUUCCAAACAACAUUAAUUCCGAAGUUGAUCCUGGGCGCCGUGGCUGGUCUGUGCGUUUACCUCAUCAUUACGGCUGCCAGCCAGCUUAUGACAGUGGACGUGCUGGAGGAGCUGCAGUUUUACGACCUUCUGACAGCUCGCCUGGAUCUUAAUCUAGAGUAUUCGAAUUGGGAGAUUUUCGAGAACGUCAACUUCAUCAAUAAUGUGUCAAUGAAGUCGUACACGGAACACAUGAGAAAUGAGCUCUCUGGAAUACACGAUAUUGUGGAGAGGUUUAAUAGAGAACAAGCAGAAAAAAUAAAAGCAUACCGAGAUGAACUUUGUGUAUACCGCACUGAACUACAAGGUUUCUGUGACAUACAAUUUGACAUUAGGACAUUAAGAUUAGAUAUUUUGCCCUGCAACUUCCGCCAGGUGGAGCCUAAAACGUACCAAGAAUAUGACAAAGCAACCUACAGAAAUCACUUGAAGUUUAAAAGCGAACCUCUUGUGGCAGCUGUGAGAAACAUUAUUUUAAACACAUUUUAUGUCCUGCUAGUAAUAGCAGCCGUCAUUAUAUGCAUUGCUAUCUUAGGGUAUUUGAUUCUUACAUUUAUGAAAACAAGAAAUAUGGUUAGAGUUAUAAAGAUAUACGAAACAACACAAAAACCAAUAGAUAAUCAACAAGAAAGGCAAAGGAAGAACUGCAUCUCCAAUGAAAAACAGAAUAACAAUUCUACGGAGGAGAUAUCGCCGCAAAGUUCCACCAAAGACCCAAUGACAGACGAGAGUGUCGUAUAGGGACAGUGAAUACCAGAUAAAUGAGCCUGUACAAAGAGUUACAGGACUUUCUUCCCAUUACAAUCUUUCACGGGCUAGUACUACCUGGUCUUUUUAUGCA